AUGUUGUCAGUCGAGCUGCACAAACUUCGUGUCUCGGAAGCUGAAUUGAAUCAGACUCUGGAAAUUCGUGAUGCUCUGAUUAACCAGCUUGAGAACGAUCUAGCCAGCCUAAAUCGUUUUCUCGGCUCUGCCAGUUGCAUUCCAGGGUCACUGGUUCCCUCCAUAACCAAUCUACAUCCUGGUUCUCCACCUUAUCAGGGAAUAAAUUCCCCAUCUACCCAUGACAUAUUUCCUUCGUCCUCUAGUUCCGACCAUCUAGCAUCUGCCUAUGGCAACGAGACCGUCUAUGAUCGCUGCCAGUCGCCUUAUGGUUGGUCUGAGGGAGAAAAGGCAUCGUUGACUGGUAGCGAAGUUUGCUUGGCGUCGGCAUGCAAUAAGUCUAAA